GAUCUGGAAACCAUAAAUAGCCAUAAAGAAGAGCAGCCAGAGUGAUCGCUAUGCUCAGCGACUCUAGAUGGACUUCUUCGACGUGCGUAAAUUGACUGCUGGCCAACCAAAAGAUCUUGUUGCUACCAGUGAUGACUACUCAGCAGUUGCAUUUCUACCCGUCGUAAUGAUCGCUGCUGUAGUUCUAGGCAUCUGUGGUGUGUGCCAGUAUAAGAAAUGGAGACACGAGCGAAAACAGAUUGCUUAUCUCAACCAUUUCUACGAAAUCCUUGAAGACCAUCAAUGCGAUCAUGGUGGAAAAAUGGUGCUACUUCAACAAAACGGGUGUGAUGAGGCUCAAAUGUGUCAUGAUGAUCGUCUUCGCCGUGCGAUGCUUGUGCCACCACCAGACUCGUCACCAUUCUUUCAACCGGGUAGCCGAACGCGGUCGGCUCGUUUCGAUCCACCACAGAAAGCCACUUCUGCCACUGAGGUGAUCUUUCACUUUACCAACUUGAGUGCGCAAAGUCGAAAAAUCUCAAUGGAAAACCUAUCCGAAAGCGAGAUCGAGUAUAUUGUAUGAGCGUGGACGGAAACAAGGAUUGCGACCGACCGUGGGUGGAACGGCACAUCAAAAGAAGUCUGCCGUUACAGACACAUACAGAAACUCUGAAUGAGCAUUCAAGGCUAAAGCUCACUGCCAAUGUAUUCCUUGCUUUGAGGCCUCAUUCCAGGCUUGGUGAGACAGCAGUCGCUGCCGUUUAUGAGAUUCCCCAUACUGGAUGAUUGCAUUUGUCACUUCUUAGCACAUUCACUUUGUUACCGCACUUAUUAUUUUCGUUGUUAUAGCUUGUUUCAUUUGUUCUUGGUACGCAAAAGUGCCUUCGAUAAAUUAUUGACGAU